CUCAAAUGAAAAUAGCCCCUAAAAGCCACGCUAAUCCCUUUGAAAAAACCUUUUGCAGAUUCACAACAGAAGUUUAAUGAAUAAUUGUUCUAGAAACCAGCUAACAAGUAAAUCAUCAUCAUUCAUGAAUUCAAACCAUAGAAGAGUACAAUUCUUCAAUGGAGUGACAAAACGAAGAAGACCUAAAGCACUUUCUUCAAGUGCUUCAUGUCCUUCAAAUGGAUCACAAAAACAACGAAGACAUUCUCGUCCGCACAUUGAUUGUUUACAAAUUUUAGACUUGUCUUUAAACAAACAAGUGUUGUACAUUGUUCCUCAUGCUCCUUCCACUCCUUUGAGAUCUAAUUCUUGCUCUACACCUACCUCUUUAAAUAAUGUAGUUAAUUUCAAUUCAUCCAAUUCUAAUACUACUACUCCAACUACUACUACUAUCACUGCCUCUACCUCCACUGCUGCCACUACCACUACCAUUGCCUCCCCUGCCAUCACUGCUAUCACUACCAUUGCCUCUACCUCCACUCCAACCAAUAACUCUUUCUCUCCAACAAUAUCCAAUGAAUCCUCUAUUACUAGUUUCAAUAAUAGACCUGCUGCUGCUCAACAACAAGAUAUUUCCACUUACAAUUUGAAUGAAUCAUCACCAAUUAAUUUUAAUUCAGUGGUGAUACAUGGUUCACUGUAUCAAUCAGAUACCAUGGCACCAUUGAAUAGUAACGAGUUUAUUAUUGAUAAUUACAACAGAAUUGAUCCAAAACCUGAAUUAAAUUCACGGUUAUCAGAUCAAUCAUCAACAAUAUCUUCAAACUCUCAACUGGAUUCUCCUCUUUCUGAUAUUACUGAAUGGAACCUUGAUAUGUCAGGGUCUAUGUUUGACAUUCUAUUUAUUGAAACUGAUUUUUAAAUAAAACUAUUCAUCAUAU